AUGGCGGCGAAGUCGCUUGCUCGCCGAACACCCCUCGCGUCCAGCGCCUGCACGUUACACCUCGGCGGUGAGUCGGUGACCUUUACGCUCCGAGAUCUCAACGACCGGCGAGACGCAUGCGAGGUGAGGCUUGAGAGCGAGGUGAGGCUUGAGAGUGAGGUGAGGCUUGAGAGUGAGGUGAGGCUGCCCUACCGGGAAAUAACGCUAGCGCAUCCUAUCAAAUGCGAGUGCCAGCCAGUGAAGCACUCUAGCAGCACGUUUCGACUGAACUUCCUGUAUUCAAAGCUUCACCACCCCCACCCAUCCGCUACCAUGGCAGCAGCUUUCCACCCCGACGACCGCACGCACCCCCCUCUCACCGAGCCGCUCGAGGACCUCCAUCCCGCGUUUGCGCACAAGAAGCUCCGCUGGCCGACGUCGGCGCCGAAGCUGGUAGAGUUUACGGAUGCGAAUCGGGGCGUGGACUACUCGUACGGAUGCCACCAGGCACACAAGGGCGACGACGACUUGAUCGUGCUGAACAUCUACCGGACCAAGACCACGCCCGCAAGCUACGGCAUCGGCCCCUCGCCGCUGCUGCCCAUCUACAUCCACCACCACAUCCCACACCCGGCGGAUACCUCAGCCCCACCCGGACGUAUGCGCGAGGCGGUAUCACGGCUGCUCCCGUCAUCCUCCACCCACCCCACCGUCGAUAAACUGGCGAACCUUGUCGGCGCUGCGAUGGGCAGGGAGCAGGUCUCGCUCGCCGCGCUGCAGUAUGUGCUGGAGCGCCGCGGCGUCCCCGUAGAGAGGAACUACGACUUGGGCACAGGCCUCGAUGUCCCGCUGGCGCUGGAUGUCUCCUCGCCCACGCCCACGCCCGCGAACGAGAAGUUGGAGGCGAUCCUGGCACUGCGGUGGUCUUCGGAGUUCGUGGAGGCGCGGAUCUCGGCCGCCUGUACUUCGGCGAAGCACCGGAAUUCGACCAACACGAUGAAGCUCACGGACGUCCCGGCAGCGAAGAUCCACUGGAACCCGCGUUUCACGCCCAUCGACCGGCCGAAGAACCACACGCCAGUGUUCGCGACGGUCGAGGAGCUCGUGGGGACCCGGGGCGUGGACAUAACGUUCAGCAGCGACCACUCAGACGGGCGGGAGGGUGUAUUCGCGUUCGUGUGGGAGGGGGAGACGUGGCGACUAGUGGCCACCGAGGUCGUCGGCGACUCGAACUGGAACCGCGAGGGCGAGUUCAAGCUCCGCGCCCCGCGGCCGCACCCGAAGACGAAGAUGAAGACGCGCGGGAUCCCGUUGCCGUCGCCGCCGCCGCCGAUGUUGCGCAACUCCGCGAAAUCUUCCCCCUCCGCUAAGGCGGGAAAGGUCCAUGCCCAUGUCGUCCACCUCUACGGCCACUCCCACAAGGAGCCCGUGCUGACCGCCGACCUAGUCACGGGGCAGAUGUGGCUGGUCGACUCGCUGCACAUCAACUUGCUCGACGUGGCGAUGGUCCUGCUGGGCGCGGUGAUGAACUUGGAGCAGACGGUGCGCACGGCCAUCGAGAAGGGAGAGAAGGAACGCACCGCCGCGGUCCUGGCGUGGCGGAGGGAGAUGGAGAAGAUCUCGAUUAGGUGCUAG